AUGGGCGACCACAAACACAAAUCCAAAGACAGGGACUCACGGAAAAAGUCGAAAAAGGAGAAUAAAGAACGUCGAGAUCACAAGAAACAUAAAAAGAGUUCAAAAAAGACAUCGUCGGACGAUGAAGCCGAUGUUGACUACUCGGAUCCUUCCCUCUGGGUAGAAAAAGCCAACGACACUCCGCCUCCAGCCGAAUCCACACCGGCAUCCGAACCAGCUGCAGCUCGUCACGGAUGGAUGCUCGACGAAUCGUUUGAUUUUGGGUCCAUGGGAGUCGCGCAAAAGAAAGAAGAAGCUCCCAAGCCAGAACCCAAAGUGAGUGUUUUGGAUGUCAACCCAUACGUCCCAACCGGAGUGUCUCUGGAUAAUACAUCCAGCGUAAAGAAGGGCAUCGAAUUUGGGGACGCAGGAUCCAGUUGGCGUAUGAUGAAAUUAAGACGUGUCAUGGAACAAGCCGAGGAUGAACAACGCCCCUUGGAGGAAGUAGCAUUGGAACGUUACGGUACGAUGGAAAAAGUGAAAGAGGCAUUUGCCGAACGAGAAUACCUGGAUCAACGUAAAAGUCGAGGUGGACGCGGUUCUUCAAGAAGAGGAGAAAGCGAUCGAGGCGAUCGUCGAGGACAACAAGAGGGUCAGCGAUUCAUGUUUACAAACACGGAUCCGGCGGCGCCUCAGUCGUCGUUCCGUCGUCCAGAUCAUGCACGACGGUCACCCCAGGAGGUGGAUGAAUUUGGUCGAGAAAUGAAACGCCGCCGUCGUCGAUCGGUGACUCCGUCGCCUUCCACCCCACCUUCGAGUUCAACCGAAGCGGCCGCGAAAAAGUUGUUGGCGGAAGCGGCCAAUGCGCCGGUUCACACCCCUGUGCUUAUCACCCAACACGAUUUACCCAAUGCUUUUUCAACCGAAUCCAAUGUUUCGCGUGACCAACUCAACAAACUGAACGCGAAAAUUGUGAAAGCGCGAUUAAUUGGAAGCGACAACCUGGAAGCGCUCGAAAAGGAAUACGAAGAACAGGUGCGGUUGUUCGAAAUGGCUCAAGAAGCCACCGGCUCAAAAAAAGUGGAAGUGCUUCCCACCGUGGACAGUCAGGGAAAACUGUACGAUUAUGCAUUAUCGCGAGGUCCGGCCAUGGAAGAAAGUUCACAUAUCGGGCAGUCGAAAAAACGAAAGGAAAAAUUCGAAGGUACCCAUGACCGAGUGACGGGCGAACGAUUAAAGUAUGCGAGUUCGGACGAUACCAUGUCGUUGAUGGACAUGGUGAAGCAAGAAAAAGCAGGCAGUCGGUCCGCGACGAACAUGGACUUGGACUUUGCUAACCGUAUCGUGCGCGAUGCUCGAUUUGAAGACAAUCUGGAAUAUCUGGAUGAAAAGGCCGACAUCAUGGCUACCAAGAAAGGGGUAUCGGAGGAACAAAAAAUGCGAUCGGCCAUUCAGGAUUACAAAAAGGUCCAGAGUGCGUUGGAUAAAUGUCGCUUAUGUUAUCACUUCCCGAACCCUCCUCAAGUGAGCGUGAUUGCUCUGGGCGUACAAACGUACCUGGCCCUGCCAAACGUGACGGAGCUAGUGCCUUUCCACUGUCAGAUCAUUCCUGUUUCACAUGUGUCAUCCACUUUGGAACUUGAUAACGAAGUGUGGGAUGAAAUCAGGAAUUUCCAAAAAUGUUUAAUGCAAAUGUUUCACGAGCAAGACUGUGGUGUUGUGUUUAUGGAAACGGCGAUGAAUUUCCGCCAGCAUCGUCACACAGCCAUUGAAGUGAUCCCCAUUCCUUAUGGUGUUUAUGAAGAUGCAGCCGCUUAUUUCAAGGAAGCAAUCAUGUCCAGCGAAGAAGAGUGGACCCAACACAAGAAACUAAUUGAUACGUCGGCACGUGGCUUCCGAAACUGCAUGGUGAAAAAUUUGCCGUAUUUCCAUGUGUGGUGCGGUUUGGACAAGAGUUACGGCCACGUUAUUGAGAAUGAACGAGAAUUCCCUUACUGGUUUGGCAAAGAAGUGGUGGCGGGUAUGUUGGAUAUUGGACCAGAGCGCUGGCGCCGCCCAAGAUUUUGUAACCCACAUGAUAACCGAAAACGGUUAGAGGAGUUUUCAGCGUCCUGGAAAAAGUGGGAUUGGACGGCUCAACUGGAACAAGAACAAGCGUAA